GCAAGACAUGGGCUACAGAGAAAUGUAGUGUGGAAAAGAAACAGCAUUUGUUUCCACCAUGUCUAAAAUAAUAUAAAUAGCUUCCAUUAAUUGAGCCUCUUCCUCUGUCAACCACCAAUCCUCUCUUCUCCUGUGCUUCUUGCACAGCAUCAUCCCCCUUUCUUCACUGUAACAAACAUCAGAAGCAUCAUCAUCCUUCAAAGACUGAUCAUCUGAUGGCUCCUGCAAGCAGAAGCUACCAUGUGCAUGGCCUCAAAGUUGCAAUAAUCACUGUGGCUUCCAUCUUUUUGCUCACAAUUCUGCUUCCCAACUCAGUGGAUUCUCUGCAUUCAAGCAACAACAGUGAGAGUGAUGAUGAUGAAUUCAGGCAAAGCAAAAUGGUUUUGGGUUCAAGGCCUCCUGGAUGUCAAAACAAGUGCUUGAAUUGCAGGCCUUGCAUUGCUACUCUGGUCAUCCCAGUUCACAAAACAAAGCGCUUCAGCUUGUCAUCUCAUGGAGAAGAAGAUGACAGUUAUUAUUUGCUUUCAUGGAAAUGCAGAUGUGGAAAUAAGCUAUUUCAACCUUGAGAUGUCUUAUUCUUCACCUGUCCCUUUAUAGAAACUAGCAUAUAUAUACUUAUUAUUAGGUGAACCUUCUGUUCUACCUAAGCCGUCGAGGUCUGAUCUCUCUAGCUCAUGCAUGGUGUGCUCUGAAAAGAUAAGACUUCAAAAAAGAAAAGUUUAGAAAUCAAUCAUUUAGAUGUGCAUUGUGCACCUGUUAUGUGUUUGUAGAUACUGAUUAAUUAUAUAUUAAUUUCUAUCUAUCAGUAUCAACUGCUGCUUUGUUUUA